CUUUCUCGGUAAAUGAUGAAUAUAAAAAUAAUGAACGCAACGAUGACCGUUAAAAAAAAAAAAUGAAAAGGGCGUAUCCACGGCAACGGAUGCGGAAAGGCGUUGCUAUUAUCACGCUGGCUGCUGUCCCACCGCGCACUGUUACGCGUCGCCAUGGCAACUGGACUUAGGACACCUUCAGACAAUGGUGUCAGGAGGCCCUACGACUCUGCUGCACACACAAUUUUACUUUGUGUAUACGUAAACGAAUAUUUUACCCGCUAAAAAUAAAGGAUUAUGUUUGUCAWCGGCCGUCACUAACAGCGAUGAUUCGGAAGAGGAAAUGGCUGUAUUUAAACAGCCUGGUAAAAAAAGAAAAAUAAAUAACAGUAAAGAUCUUGACUUGUCCGACGGUAAAAACAUGUCAAACGACGAUUCAAUAAUGACCAAUGACUCCAGCCCUAACAAUAGUUUGAUGACAGAAGACGAAGACGAAAAAAUUGAACCACAAACAGGAACUAAUAUUCCAAAAAAAUCUAAACCAGUCAUCCCUGUGAUAUACUUCUGUACAAGAACCCAUAAACAAAUUGAACAGGUUAUCAAAGAGUUACAAAGAACUAGUUUCAAUACCGCCAGGAGUUGCGUGUUAGCGAGCCGUGAACACACAUGUAUUCAAGAUUCUAAUUUAUACUACCCCCAGAUAUCGUACAAAUCAAAAACUGAACUAUGUAGGGAUUUAUUAGAUCCAAAAGCGAGACGGAGAAAUUCGUUAAAGUUCAAAAGGACAAUUGAUAGGUGUAGCUAUUACGAUAACGGUGGUGUGAAAAUAAGCACUUAUGGCCAAUUAGCCAAGUUUGGAGUGGAAUCUGUUUGGGACAUCGAAGACAUAGUGCGUUUGGGCAUUUCUAAAAAAUCUUGUCCAUACUACGGUACACGRUUGUUGCUCAAAACUGCCGAAAUCGUUUUUUGUCCUUACAAUUAUAUCAUCGAUCCGGUCAUCAGAAGUACAAUGAAUUUGAAACUAAAAGGCCACGUGAUAAUCGUCGAUGAAGCUCAUAAUAUCGAGGACCAAUGCCGUGAAGCCGCUAGUCUGCAGUUAGAUCAGACGAAUAUGAAUUUGGCCAAAGCGGACUGCGAAAAAGUAUACAAGUCUUGUAGCAAUUCAGUGUCAUACUCAAGGCUGGCUCGAUAUUUGUCUGAUAUGUCAAAGUGGAUCGAUGAAAAGUCUAACGAUAUUAAAUCUUUCGAUGAUUAUAAUCGAGGCGUAAUAUCAUGGACCGGAACAUAUACCAUAGCCAGUUUUGAAGAUUUCGGUAUCGGGUUGACAGCCUUCGAAAAGUUCAAAAAAGAUUGCGAAACAGUUUUGGCCGAUUUGGCCGAAGAAAGUAAACCUGAUGAUGCAGAGUCAGAUAACAAAGAAAACGGACUGUUAGAAGAGGAAAAUGAAUUGGUUGAAAAAGACGAAAAUGCAACGAUAGAAAUUCACUCAUCUCAAGAUCAAAAUUUCGAUGUGGCUAUUACAAAUGCGACUAAAAACUUAUUGUCGUCGAUUUGUACGGUAUUUAGUUUGUUAUAUGAUGAAAAGUACAAAUUUGAUUACCACGUUUCCCUAGAAAAGAUCAUGCAAAUAAAGAGAUUUGAACACAAGGAACGAGGAAAGGCGCCGGUCACAUUAGGCGGGUGGAUCGAUAGCGCCGCGCAGCCCGAGGACUCGCGGCCGGUGUGGAACAACGUGGUCAGCUUCCUGUGCCUGAACCCGGCGGCCGUGUUCGGCGAACUGAAAUCGACGGCCCGCACCAUCAUCCUCACGUCCGGCACGCUGUCGCCGAUGCAGUCGUUCCAGUCCGAGCUCGGCACGCAGUUCCCGAUCGCCCUGGAGGCCGGCCACGUCAUCAAACCGGACCAGUGUUGGGUGUCGUCGGUGAGCGUCGGUCCAGACGGGACGGACCUCAACGGCCAGUACCGGAACAUCAACACGUACAAUUACCAAGACGAGAUGGGYAAGGUUCUGUGGGACGUGUGCGCCGCCGUUCCGCACGGAGUGCUGUGCUUCAUGCCGUCGUACAUGCUCAUGGAGAAGCUGUACAACCGGUGGCAGGUCACCGGACAACUGGACCGCCUCAGACGGCUCAAGGUGGUCAUGUGCGAGCCGCGGCGGGGCGACCAGCUCGAAGAGCUGAUGACCAAGUAUUAUGCGGCCGUUCGGGGGGACGAGGGUGGCCCGACCGGGGCGCUCUUCCUUGCCGUGUACCGCGGCAAAAUCAGCGAGGGGCUGGAUUUCUCGGACAACAACGCCCGAGCGGUGGUGGCCGUCGGCAUUCCGUUUCCGAAUUACAAGGAGGCGGCCGUGACGCACAAAAAAGAUUACAACGACAAACAUCACAAGAACAAAGGACUGUUGCCCGGUUGGGAAUGGUAUCAGAUUCAGGCAUACAGAGCCUUAAACCAAGCACUUGGCCGAUGCAUCAGGCACAGGAAUGAUUGGGGAGCUAUCCUGUUAGUGGAUAGCAGAUAUGAGCAGCCCAAGAACCUAUCCGGGUUGUCCAAGUGGAUAAGAGGAAGGGUCGAAAGGAACAAUUCAUGGUCGACGAUCGUCGCCAAACUCAAGGACUUUGUAGAGACGAGACAGCAAUAUGACUCUAUAGCAAGCCAAACUUGAUUAUUUUUUUGAACAUUCUCAAGAGUGUCUUACAACUAUCGUAGCACCUCUAACUAAUUAUUCAAAUAUCACGUAACAGUUUUUUUCUUAUUGGUGGUUAUCAUCAGUAAGUAAAAUACACCAAUAUAAUAUUUAUUUUUUUUAUUACGUAAAUACAUGUUAAA